AUGGAAACCACGAACGUUGAUCUCAACAAUGGGCUUUCGCACCUGGUCGAGGCCGCAACCGCGCUGACGGCUCUCAUAGAAACACCAAAAGUUACCACUACAACUACAGCUACAUCAUCAUCUAGCAAAAGUGCUGUGGAAUCUCCUGAUACAGUUGUAAGCGAUGACGAUGAAUAUCGUCAACCUGCUGAAGCAUCAAUGAAAUCAUCACCAAAACGAGAGAUCUUUCCUCAAAAGCUCAUGGAAAUCCUCUCCGAUGAGACUCUGUCUGAUGUCGUUUCUUGGCUGCCACAUGGUCGUUCGUUUGUUGUAGUCAGGCCAGAUAUUUUUACAGCAAAGGUAUUACCAAAGUACCUUCCUCCAAUCGACUCCAGAUCUAGCACAAAGUACCCUUCCUUCACUCGAAAGCUUAACAGAUGGGGUUUCCGCCAAGCAACAAAGGGUCCUGAUAGUGGUGCCUUUCACCAUCCAUUGUUUCGCAGAGACAACCCUGAACUCUGCCUUCAAAUGGAAUGCAAAAAGACGAAGGAACGGCAAAUGGUCCGAAAGAGGAGCCUCCCGCCCAAGAAAAGAGGCAUUAUCGAAAGGCCCACGAGUGGUCAUCCAGAUCAGAACGAGACUUCUAUUGACCAUGUUGUUCCAAGCUCACCACUUGUUACGGCUGACGAUCGAUCCGUUGUCUCAUUCGGUGGCUCAACGACGACAUGCUCAUCGAUUUCAAACCGGGAAAGAACCGGAGUGCCUCCAUCGUCAAUCUUAUCUUCAGCUACGGAGACAAAAAGAGUCACCCCAUCCAUUUCGAACGACGCUGCGUUCGUGGCGAAGGUUCUCCUUCAACGUGAUCAAAACGAAAUUCUUCUUGCUUCAAGGAUGAUGCUAAUGAAUGCUUACAUACAAGCUCUUCAUGGGGUUCAAGGGAAGACUCCGAAGGCUUGCUAA